AUGGAACCGGACGCGGGUAUGUCCACAAAAGACGUUCGAUUAUCCGUGGGUACCAUCCAAUCUAUGGGCAGAAGGUCACUCACCGGGCAGAUCAAAUCGCUCAGUCGAGUUGCAGUCAGAAGGAAGUCAUUUGGCUUUAGUUCUGUACCAGGAAUCAAACCUGUGGAUAGAACUUCUCAGAUCGGAGUGGAUUUCAAGCGACCACCACUGACGUACCUGCCCACCUACCAGCUCGAACCCAGGACGCCGUUUAACGUCUAUGAAGUCACCAAAGAAGUGAACAAAGUAAUUGACAGCCUUUUUACGGGACACAAAUACGAUGCUCGUAUGUCACCACCACUGGCACUGAACAUAUCAGCGGAACUGAUGCAUGCAAUCAAAGCAAUGUCCUACACGCGCUACAGGAUUAUCACAGUAGUAACUAUAGGACAGAAGCGUUCUCAAAGCUACAACAACGCUAUUGGUUUCAUUUGGGAUACGGAGAGAGACCGCUACGUCGACACCCAUAGGGAAGAAACGACGUGCUUUUGUCAGGCCACUGUAUUUGCCGUCUACCUUGACUAG